AUACUAUUGUAUCUGAUGGCAUUGUACAAAAUAGUUCUGAAGUUGCUAAAGCCUUUAAGAAAAUUUAUAACAACCCGGAUAUCCCUCUUAUCUGGUCUAAUUUAUUACAAUGUAAUGAUGAUAGAGAAUUUAUGAGCGAAACUUCAAAAAUAAUAAAA